AUGGGCGGCAGUGUGGACUUGAACGACAGGCGACUUCGACGCCAGAUUGCCAACUGCAAUGAGCGGCGUCGCAUGCAGAGCAUCAACGCCGGCUUCCAGUCGCUCAAGUUGCUGCUUCCACGAAGAGAUGGUGAAAAGCUGAGCAAAGCGGCUAUUCUGCAGCAUACCGUUGAGCUCAUACAGACUUUGCGAGCGGAAAAAAUGAAGCUGCUUGAGGAGAAAGAAGCUGUUAUAAACGCGAAGAAACGAAAGAUUCAAGAUGAGGAUGUACGCGAACGUGAUGUGAUUGAUGAGCUGACGGCGGCACUGGAGCAGGAGCGUCAGCUGCGACAUCUCUACGAACGCAUGUUCACAUUUUGGGCCAGUUUUCCGGUGCUUUCACAACUACUCGCAAAGGCGAACACGUUGCUCCUCGGUCCAUCUAUUGCACACCCGAAUGUUGGUACAUCUUCAACUGGCCAGACACGUGGCGCUGCUGCUGCCGCUGCAUUUACAGGGCUUUUGCCGCCGGCACUUUUGAUUGAUAGUUUGCUAUGCAGUGCACAAGUAAGUGCAGCUGGUCAGCAGCAGCAGACGAGUAGCAGCAGCAGCGGCAGCAGUAGCAGCAGCAGUAGCAGCAGUGGUGGCACGUGCCUCGAUUUGGGUCUCCUGACGGGUAAUCUCAUUGCAGCUCAUCAUCAGAGCAGCGAAGCUCGUCUGGAUGGUAUCAAGCGACCGCAUCCGCAAGCGCAUUCCUUGCCAUCGCCACAGAUGGUCGCUGAGUUACUUUCACAACCAACGCCCUUCCUCCUGAAUUCUCUGGAUAUAAGCACUUGUUCCAAUUUGAAUCCGAACUUCUACACCAUUUUGGAAGCAAUCCGACAGUUAGAAAAUAGUGGUCCUGGACGUAGUAAUGCUAAUGUCGGCGGCAUAGGUGGUGGCGGCAUCGAUAAUCAGCAACAACAGCAGCAGCAGCCGCCGCCGCCGCAGCAGCAACAGCAACAGCAGCAGGCGAAUGUCCUCGUCCGUUAG